AUCAGGAAGUACUGCGACUGAUGUCCGUCUGCGAGCGAGAGACACGAAGAGGGAGGAAAAUGCUAGAAAUGGACGCCGGAAAAUAAAUGAACUGCGUAUGAACGACAACGAAAACGUUUGAUUUAAACCACUACGGGAAACGGGAGCUUUUUUGUGGGAAAGAGAGAAUCGAUCAGGUCACUGUGACCUAAAAUCCACGAACAGUAAUAUCCUCAAAUUCAUCAGAGAAAAAGAGAUCAAAGCAAAAAUGAGCUCUCACGAUUCGGAGGUGUACACGCUCGCGCCGGAGAUGCCGGCGAUGUUUGACGGCAUGAAGCUGGCGGCAGUCGCCACGGUGCUCUAUGUCAUCGUCCGGUGCCUAAACUUAAAAAGUCCCACAGCUGCUCCAGAUCUGAUCUAUCAGGAUACAGCGCUAAACCACUUCUUACUCAAAUCCUGUCCUAUCCUGACCAAAGAGUACAUUCCUCCUCUACUGUGGGGUAAAAGCGGUCAUCUACAGACAGCCCUCUAUGGAAAGUUGGGUCGGGUUAGUUCUCCGCACCCGUUCGGCCUGCGCAAAUAUCUGCCCAUGCAGGACGGGGCAACGGCGACGUUCGACCUCUUUGAACCGCUGGCGGAUCAUCAGACCGGAGAGGACGUCACUAUGGUUAUUUGUCCUGGUAUCGGGAAUCACAGUGAGAAGCACUACAUCCGCACGUUCGUGGAUUAUUCACAGAAACAGGGUUACCGAUGCGCUGUGCUCAAUCACCUCGGGGCCUUGCCAAACAUUGAGCUCACCUCUCCUCGCAUGUUCACCUAUGGCUGUACAUGGGAGUUUGCAGCUAUGGUGGGCUUCAUAAAAAAGACACACCCCCAAACCAAACUUAUCGUCGUGGGCUUCAGUCUGGGUGGAAACAUCGUGUGCAAGUUUUUGGGAGAGAACAGCACCAAUCAGGAGCGAGUCCUGUGCUGUGUCAGUGUAUGUCAGGGAUACAGUGCAUUGAGGGCUCAGGAGACGUUUCUGCAGUGGGACCAGUGUCGGCGUUUCUAUAACUUCCUGAUGGCAGACAACAUGAAGAAGAUCAUUCUGACCCACAGGGGCGAAUUGUUCGGGGUCGGCUCCAAUAAAAUGGUUGAUGCAGAUCUGAGUCGACUCUACACCGCCACAUCCCUCAUGCAGAUCGACGACAACAUCAUGAGAAAAUUCCAUGGACACAACACUCUGAAGGAAUACUAUGAGAAGGAAAGCUGUGUCCAUUACAUUCAUAAUAUAAAUGUGCCUCUGUUGCUGGUGAACUCUGCUGAUGAUCCUCUCGUCCAUGAUUCUUUGCUCACCAUUCCUCGCACACUUGCAGAAAAGAAAGAAAACGUCAUCUUUGCCCUGACACUUCACGGCGGUCACCUGGGUUUUUUCGAGGGUGCCGUGCUGUUACCUCAGCCCCUCACCUGGAUGGACAAAGUCAUUGUGGGUUACUCAAACGCCAUCUGCCAGUGGAAAAAACAGAAGCCGCCGUGCCAAAGUCCAGACGUCCAUUCCAGCGAAACCAAAUGCCAAGACAGUCAAUCCUAACCGCCCUCGUAGAUUUUCAUCUCGCACACGACGGAUUACACCACAUGCAUCGUCAAGCAUUAUCCAUCGGUGGAGAAAUCGCCUUCUUUCGGGUAUCAUGGUUUAUUGACGCAAUUGCUUCAGCGUUUCCAGUGGAGAAAAGAAAAAGUCACUUUAUAAGUUAACUACGUAGUUAACUUUUACAUGACUACAAUCAACAACUCUUCCCUCUGAUUAGGAAACAUUACAAACCGGUUAGUUUUUGACUGCCGUAGAGGACAAGCUCAGGCGGAUGAGUUACACAAAAACACAGCCAGGUCAAAUUUCACCCCAAAUACCAAAAAAUUGCGUUCUUUUUAUUAUAACAAAGCACUUUUUCUUUAAAUUCUCAUUAUUGUAAUUUUACUGUAACUUUUACAGUAUUUCCGUUGCUCUUAGUGUUCACAUUAAAUGACCAUUGCUUUUUAAAACAGUGUUUAGCAUAAAUGAAGGCUGUGAAACAAAUAUUAGUUCAUUAUUUAUAUAGUUUUACAUUACAGUAAUUCGAAUUGGCCCUAACUUCAUACAGACUUUCUAUAAGACUUUAAGCAAAUUGCGGUUUUGUAUUUUUUUAUUUCUAUUUCGGGGUGAAUUAUGGCUGUGGAUAUGUUCAAAAGUCAGCUUAGUAAACAAACACUGCUUAUUUCGCCAUACGCAACAGCUGACUUUAUAGAAAGUGGCCGUUAUGCAGGCACUAUGUGCUUAUAGAUACGACAGACACGAUGCUUGUGUACAUUAUUGCGUGAUAUUAAGCAACUUAAUUUUGUGUUUAGACUGGAUUCAUAUUGGGACUAUAAGGUGUAUUUCACUACCUAGGCCUUCGACACAAAAAAUCUUAAUUUGCUGUAUGUACCCAGGCCUUGUGUGUUAAUCCAAAUACAUUCCUAGUCAUUUAGUUUUUGUUUAAGCACUUUUAUAUAACAUCUGCCCUCAUUUUAUUUUUAAUAUGAGUAAUUAUUAUAAUAAUUACUGUUACCAGAGGGAGAAAAGAGAUCUUCAGUGUAAAUCUAACCUCUUGGUUUUGUAACACGUACCACAUAGUUUUAAAGGGAUAGUUCACCCAAAAAUGAAAAUUCGGUCAUCAUUUACUUUCUUUCAUGUUGUUACAAACCUGUUUCAUUUAGAAGAUAUUCUAAGGAUCACGAGCCCCAUUCACCUCCAUAGUAUUCUGUAUUCCUACUAUAGAAGUCAAUGGGGCCUCUGAUCGGAACAUUCCUCAAAUAUCUUCCUUUGUGUUCAUCAAAACAAAGACAUUUAUUUUUAGGUUUGUAACAACAUGAGAGUUAGUAAUUUUCUUUUUUUUUGUGAACUAUCCCUUUAAAUUCCCACUUGUGUGGAAGAGAAACUGAUAAAAAAGAAGUUGCUGGUGCAGUAUUUGUUUUGUUGAAAGCGGUAGAUUUACUGUAGAUUGUGUAAAGUGUUGAUUCGGGAGCCAGUGGGAGACAACGGUGCAUUUUAAAAAUGCAUGUCUGUGAAAUCUGUGCUUUCAUUUACAAUUUGCUUAAACUUUUAUCUGUUUUGUGCAAUUGUUCGAUUAUGUAUGUAUGUAUGUACUGGAUCUUUCUUUACUUUGGUGAUAUAUUAAUGGAGACAUGAACUAAAUGAAAUGGCACAGAGGGGGUAUAAAGUGGUGAUACCUGUAAUACAAAAAGCAAAAUUUAAAGGGAACAAAAAUGUGUCUUUGACAGAGCGGUUUAGAGCAGAUUUUUUUUUUCGUGAAGCAAGAAAUUAGUAAAUCUCAUGAAAUAAUGUCUGGGUCAUUUUCACUUCAAAAUCACAAAGAAAUUAUAUUUAUCAAUUUAUACGAAAACAAUUUGAGUAUCAUAAAGUUUAUUAAGUUUUGAAUUGUGACGUUGUUUUAUAGUUAAGCACAAAAUCUUCCCCUCAGGAAUCUCAUUAUUACAAUCAUUACCAAACGUUUUUACAUUUAUGAAUUUUUUUUAUUGAAAAAGCUUAAAUGUAACCGAAAGCAGCUUGUUUAGGAACUCAUUCACAAUAGUGAUUCUCAUUCGUCAGUGCAAUAAUGUUUUAUUGUGUUACAAGGACUGUAAUACAUUUAUUAAAACCAGCAUAGAUGAAUGGCAGUACAUUAACAACUACUGCACAUAAAUAAUGCACUAUGAAUCUAUUAUGUCUUGACAUCUUUUGGUGAUAUGAUCCAGAUUUUUUUUCAGGUUUGGUGAGAUUUGCUCAUAAACUUCAUUAUAAUAUCGUUUGUUAUAGCAUUCCUAAUUAAUUACAAUAGUCACAAUUUCCCUGUCAGUGGAGAAACGACGCCCUCUAUAGAAAAUACUCAGAAAAACAAUCUUAUUAUGCUGCUAUGUGUAAUUUUAUUUCAAUCAGACACUGAAACUAAAUGUUUGGGAAAUAUAAACCACAUACAUAAGUUCAGUAUUAAUCGUAUUAGAAAUAUAGUCCACCUGUCUGUUUAUUUAGUUGACUCUUUUAUGUAUUCGGUCAGAUAAAGUCACGUAACGUUCUUGGUUUCUUCCGAAUGGGUGUUAUUGCAAGCGUAAAUCCAAGAGCUGAUGAUUGUUUGGGUUUUUUAUUUUUCUGGUGAUUCAUGUGAACUUUAACACCAGCACAAAUUCAGUUUCUGAUGUAUCUGGAUCCAGUUUGCCUUUCAAAAUGUCUCUCACUUUUUUGCACAGAAAAUAAUGGAUUAUGAUUUAUAUACUCAAGUUAACCAAAUUUUAAUUUUGUAUUUUUUCAUUAACUUCAUUGUUGGGAUUUUUAUUCGCUUAUGUACGGACUUACGUUUGUAAAUGAGUGUAUGUGGUUGAAUGUUUGCAUAAUUUUCACUUAAUUGAGCUAAACUAGAUGUAUAGAAACAUAUUUCUAAAAUGAGUAUAAUAUAUGAUGAAUAUAUUCCCGGUUUAUGGAAGCCAGGGAACAUUAAAUUGUUUGAGCAAUAAUGCUUUGAAUUUAUUUUUUUCUCUUUUUCUCCAAGCCAAGCUGAGAUGAAUAGUUCAAAAAAAUCGGUGUCAAAUGGAGUGUAGAGAAAAUGUAUGCUGAAAUUUGUAUGUAUUUUAGGAAAAAAUCCCCCAAUCAAUAGUAUCUGGAGGUGAUAUGUUACCGUUGUCUGACCAAAUGAAGAUGAAGUAUAUUUGCAGAAUAUAAAGCUGAACGUCUAUUAAGAGAUUCAGGCUUUCAGAUUGACACUGCCCCUCAUUUAAUCCCCUUUGUAAGGGAUUAUUUCAGAAAAGAUCACUAAAUCUGUUCCCACAGUUCUGACCCACUUUCCCAUCACAGUUGAUUUGUGUUUGAUGAGUGGCUUUUGAGUACUGUAUGUCAUUUCCAUGGCAAAAGAAAAAAUGUUUAGUAUAAGAUCUACAUCACUGGUGUGUGUUGUGAGAACCCAACGGUGUGUGAUUGAAUAAUUUAUAAUAAUGGUUAUUGUGUUCCAAAAAUAAAUUAUUUUCUUGUUAAACAAAA